CACCAUCCUCCACACGUUUUCCCCAAUUUCGUGAGACGGAAGUCCCAAACUUUUCUCCACCUCUCUCUUUUCCACCAUUCUUGAUUCAAUCGUGUUUGAUGGAUACAUCGCCCUUCGGUUCACACUUCUCGUCGUUUUCUUCCCGAUUCUUGUUGCUCUUCUUCCCCAGAUUCCGUGCUUCGAUUCCGUCUUGUUCUUUGGUUUUCGAUUGUUCUUCUCCUGCUCAUUCGUCUCGUUUUCAGAUUCUCUGUUAACCCUUUUGUGGGUUUUUUUAAAGUUUUUGAAGGAAGUAGUCACCGACCCAUCAUGGGGAAGAGAUCUCAACGCAAGAACGCCGCAAUGUUUGACAGCGACGAUGAUACAAGUAGUGUUAGCUCUAGCUCUACUAUACGAUCCGAUAGAAUGUCGGUUUCCGGCAUGGAUGAGGUUGAAACUCACAAAGAUGUUCUGUUGGAUCAAGCCCUCGAUGCUCUGUAUGAGAAACGGAGUUCAACGAGGGAGCAAGCAUUGGCCUCCAUUGUCGAUGCAUUUAACAGUGACUUGCAGCAUGAGUUUGCGGAAAAGAAGUUUGCCACUUUAUUGCAUCAAUGUGUAAACUGCAUCAAGAAAGGGUCUAGCAGGGAGACCUUUUUAGCAACUCAUGUCAUUGGUUUGUUAGCUAUGACUGUUGGCUUAGGGGACCAAGCACAUGAAAUUUUGGAAGAAUCAGUCACUCCUCUCUCUCAGGCCCUUAGAUCUGGUCGUGAUUCCUUGAAAAUAUCAUCGAUACUUGAAUGCUUGGCGAUAAUCACCUUUGUCGGCGGAACUGCUCCAGAGGAGACGGAAAGAUCAAUGCAAAUCAUCUGGCAAAUGAUUCAUCCCAAACUAGGUGCUAAUGUUGUUGCAGCAAAACCUUCACCUGCAGUUGUAACUGCUGUGGUGUCUUCUUGGGCUUUUCUGCUGACAACAGUAGAUCAAUGGACACUAAGUUCAAAACUUUGGCAAGAGAUAGUUUCAUAUCUCUCUUCCCUGUUAGAAAAAGAUGAUCGGACUGUUCGUAUAGCUGCUGGCGAAGCACUUGGCCUGAUUUUUGAGUUGGGAAUUCUGGAGAAGUUCUCCGCCGAAGCUAAGCGAUCUAAUGGAUCAGUUCAAGAAGGAAAUGUGACUCAGGAAGCAUUGACACACAUGCAUGGCUUAAAAGCCAAAGUCACUAAUCAAGUUAGAGACCUUUCUGUGGAGGCAGGUGGUAAAGGUUCUGCUAAGAAAGAUCUCAACAGCCAGCGGAAUUUGUUUAAAGAUCUUCUAGAGUUUCUCGAGGAUGGCUACUCCCCUGAAAGCUCAACAAAGAUAGGUGGAGAGUCUUUACAAACGACGAUGUGGUGCCAGAUGAUACAGUUGAACUUUCUGAAACAUUUCCUCGGGGGCGGGUUUAUCAAGCAUAUGCAGGACAAUGAGUUCCUCCAAGAUGUAUUUGGUUUCACUCCGAAGAAGAAGUUUGCUGGUGGGGAGCCUCGUAUGAGCCAGGGUGAAAAGAGGAUGUUUAGAUCACCAAACUCAGCCCUCAGCAAAGCAAGAACACAGUUCUUGAACAAGCAGCGGAUGUUAGCAGAGAGUAAAAACUCCGGCCAUUACUUCACUGGGGAGGAUGAUUGAUUGUAUGCUGCAUGAUCUCCCGGCUCACCAUUUCCCUAAUACAGUCUAGAUUUGGCAGUGGAUGGAUAUCAUCUAUGAUAUGAACCCUUUUUAAGGGAAAAAAAAUUACUGAUGGAUCCAUGUGGAGAGUGUUGUAUAAUCAUAUUGUUGGAUUUGCCUGCAGACAGAUACAUUCAGAUUUGGGAAGUGAACUCUGUUGUCGUGUCUGUUUUUAUCUUCUUCUCAUUGCACAAAUUAGGAAAUUCAAACAGAAAGCCUGGGCACGAAUCUUGUGAUGUAAUGUCUGGUUUCCAGACAUAAGUGAAGCUUCUUUCUUGUCUUUAUAGCUAA